UGCGCUUCUUGUCAUUAAUAUAUACACAACAACAGCUCAAACAAACGCGACCAAUUUGUUAGUGUUCUCAAACAAAUUUUGAAACGAGCAAAAAAAACCAACAACAAAACAUUUAUAAUGGUGACCAAAUGUAAUUGGCGUUUGGUGGCAGUAUCCAAAGCGGCAAAAAAUCUAAGAAAAGUUUCGUUCGUAUUGAAAGCUGGUGCGAAUCUUGUUGGUAAAAAGAAGGACAGUCACAUAAAAAUACCGUCCAUAUUGUGUAGCCGAGAACAUUGCAGUAUUUUUUUAGAUGGCGACAGAGUCACUCUCACAGAUACGUCAAGAAAUGGCACCUACAUCACCUUUUCACAUGGAACACAGCACUUUACAAACACAUCCACCGAACCGCUUGAACAAAAUGAUAUGAUUAGUUUUGGUUUUAAUACGGCCUCCGUAUAUGAUAUAAAUGAUAAACAUGCAUUUAUGUAUCGAUUGGUCAAGGAAAAAAUCGAAACGAUUAAUAUCGAUGACAGCGAUGAUGAUGAUGAUGAUGGUACGCCGCCACCACCGGUGGUCAAAGAUAAAUUCAUCGCUAUUGACAAUAGAGUGAUUGACAUUGAUUCAGAUUCCGAUUCAAAUUAUUCGGGUGACGAAUGCUUGAAAAAUAUUGAAGAAUUUAAAGACGAGGAAAGUGUCGGCUCAAGUGUUCAAUUUGAGGACGAUUCAAGUAUUGAUAAUUACAGUGAUUCGAUCGAAAGUUCGGUUGGAAGUGGCGAUGAAAAUUUUGUGGUGACAAAAACCAUUCUAAAAUGCACCACACCAACCGAAACCAUUUCGUUGGAUGAAGAUGACGAGGAUGAUGUACCUGAUGUUCAAGCACAAAAUCAAGAUGAUGCACAAAUAUCGGAAAUAAGCGAUAAAGCAUCGAAUGGCACAAUUGAAAAACCAUCCACAGCGAUGGAAACUGAUGAACCGACGAAAAGUACCGAAACGCAGGCACCGGAAUUAAAGUUAACGGAAAUUGAUACAACAUCCAAAGAAGAUGAUCAACAGUCUGAAGACAGUGAAAAUUCGAUGCCAGGUUGCAGCUCGAAGACAAGAAGCGAAGAAAAUAACGCCAGAAAACCAUCGACGGAAAGUGAUAAUCAUGUGGAAACAAGCCCAAGCAAAGAGGAAGAAAAAGAAUUAGAGAGUCGUUUGGAGGGUCUUAAACGUAAAUUGGCCGAAAAACCACAAAAGAAAAUUUCCCUAAUAAAAGCACAACCGUUACGAAAACGUCGUUCAACAAUCACUGAAGAAGAGUAUUUAAAGCGUAAGAAGAUCAAACAACAAAUCGAUCCCGAACAAAGCAGACAAAUGAAACGUGAAAGAUUGGCCAUUAUCGGCGAACAACAAAAGGCAAGACGUAUAGCAGCUGCCGAAAGUGUCGGCGAAUCAAAUCGACCAAAAAAUAUGCCGAAAGUUAAAAUAAAUGCGGUUAGCCGUGGCGAACAACUUUGCACCGAUAUGCUGGCACUUGGCAACACAAGUACAUAAGAAAAUUGAAGAUUCUAGCUUAUGAAUUUCGAUUUAAGUAAACAUUUAAACUCCGUAUUACUUUUGUUAAAUGUAACCAUUUACAAGUACCAUAUAGAAAAUGAACAGUAGAAGUUUACUGUAGUCGUAAUAGUCUCUUGUUAGAGCUUCAGGUUAACACGUCAUUUCCAUUUCAUUUUGAAUUAUUUUUUUUAACUAGCUGAAAAUAAUAAAAAUGUUUUACUAAUUUGGAAAUGGGAA